CUUUCUUCUUAUUGUACCACAUGAAGGUGCCUGUGUCCUCGUCAGACGCGUAUUUGUACGGCUCCGUGGCGGGAAUGGACAAGCUUUUGGCACUGGAUCUGCACGACAACCAGUCUAUGGACCCGAAGGCUACUUCUCAGCCCUCGGAGUGUGAUGAAUGCGAGCAGCGAGCAGCUCAACUGAGCUGCGACGACUGCGGUCUGGUGUAUUGUUCUCAGUGUGACGUCCACAGGCACCGUAAAGGGAAACUGCAAUUGCACCAGCGCGUGCGGACUACAAGGAAACGUGUCGAAGCACCAGAACUUGAAGAAAUCCAAGAGAAAGCUGAAAAUGCUACUGCAAACUGGAAAAACGACGACGUGUGCGAAUGGCUCGAAGCCCACGAUCUAAAGCUGUUCGUGGAGGAGGCACGGGAUCAAGCAAUAACUGGAGCAACUUUACUAUCUCCUGGAGGCCUGGAAAAGUUUCUGGAUGCUGCAACGGGGGUUAGUCGUGGCCACAAGAAGAAGCUGCAGAGGGAGGUGCAGAAGAUCCAGAGUUUGGCGAAAAGCCCGGCUUCUGAGGGGAAGAUGACGCUACUACCGACCCCUUCACCACCCAUUCAACGCACCAGCAGCUCUGUGCGUCGUAUUGGACUGGGCUUGCGUGUUGAUGUUGAGCCAGCGGCAGCAAAACCACCUUCUCGACGGGGAUUGGGACAGUUGAAGAUCGAAGUGAGUGAAGAUGACCGCUCGGUUUUCACAGCUCCAAAGAGGACUUCUGGAAGGCAGAACUCUGGAUCACUGGGACUGGAUAUGGCACAGGUCAAAAAGGAGGAGAAGACAGUGGCAGCAUCGUUUGACUUCUCAGCCACAGGGAGGCUGCAGACGCAAGGCUUCGAGAUCGACACACGGGGUAUCGCUAAUGCGCCCUUCUCAAACCCAAAGCAGCAUUCAAGCGGAGCUAAACCUGCGUCAACUACUGAGUCGAUCAGCACAAAAGACUACCUGCUUAUACUGGAAGAGUUAGGACAUGGAGCUGGUGGCAAAGUAUACAAGGCGCUAUACAUGCCAACAUUUAGACUGGUGGCUGUCAAGGUCAUCCGCGUGUACGACCAGAAGAAGCGUCACCAAAUGGUGCGUGAGCUCAAGUCUCUGUACGUGAAUUUCGUCCCGCUUGCUACUGCCACAUUUCCAUCCACGUUCGCGGCAACAUCAUCAGCCACACAAGCAGCAUGUGAAGAACUUGUAGUUUUCUAUGAUGCGUAUACAAACCCCGAGAUAGGCUCUGUAUCAAUUGUGCUCGAGUACAUGGAUGGAGGCUCGCUGGAAGACUACGUCCAAUCUGCCAGUGAAGGAAGUGGGUGUUUGACAGAGAAAGAGAUCGCAAAUGUUGCAGCAUGUGGCUUAAAAGGACUGGCAUUUCUACAUGAACAUCACCAGCUGCAUCGCGAUAUCAAGCUCAGCAACAUGCUCAUUAACCAUCAAGGACAAGUCAAGGUGAGUCAGAGAUUUUUUGUGGAUCUAAGAUUCGCUUAUAACGCCUCCUAUUGUAUGUAGAUAUCGGACUUCGGCAUCUCCCGUGAUCUUGAGAGCACUUUAGCCAAGGCAACUACGUUCACUGGCACAUUAUUGUACAUGGCGCCUGAGCGGAUAAGCGGAGGCAUGUACUCGUACCCGUCAGAUAUUUGGUCUUUCGGGUUAGCUGUGAUGACCUGUGCCAUCGGAAAGCUACCCGUUCCGACUAAAGAUGGCUACUGGGGCGUGGUUCAUGCUGUACAAGAGCAGCCAUCUCCACGACUUCAAGACUAUGGUGACCAUUUCUCUCCAGAACUCUGUGAUUUUCUGGACCAAUGUCUACAGAAAAAUCCGAUGUAUCGCCCUCCUGCAGCUCGUCUUCUUGAACAUCCGUUCAUUAAGAAAAAUUACUCGCCAAGGGAACAAGCGAAUGUGCGAUUGAGUCAGGAACAGCAGCCACCGACAGCAAAACAACUCGAACGUAGUCGUCAAGAGCUGCGGAGUAUUGCGGAGAAGGCUCAGAUCUGGUGCCACAAUCAUACUGAUGCUCUGCGGAUACUUUCGGCUACGAGUGAGACACAAGAUACAACGAACCGCAGCAAGGUUGAGGCUCUGGCCACACAACUGCGUCUACCGGUGAAUGAAGUGGCGUCGCAUUUUACGUUCUUGAACGAGUAUUGCAAAUAACAACGUGUUUUCGAGUCCAGAUGUAGCCAUGAAGAAAAUAUUGUGAGAUGGCUACUUUUUUGACAUGGCUACAGAUUGUGCAACAUUACAGCAACAUAAAAGAAAAUGUACCCUAGUUACGUGUUCAAUAAUUUCCUGA